UUACGAUUCAUUUAUCAUUUCUCGAGGUCACAGAAAACAGUGUUAGAGGAACCUUACUAAUUUUCGGUCGACCACUGAUCCUUAUGGUCACAGAAACUCGGAAGUCAGCAUGAGAAGGAGAAACACCAAGAAAAGGAUCUAGUUUCCGAGUCAGGUAAUCUGCCUAACAGAAUACAGUAUACCUAAAGUAUUAAAGAACAAUGUCAGAAGGAGAAAAGCAUGCAGAGAAGGGGGAAACAGCGCUAGAUCCAGAAUUGGACUCUUUAUUGGAUGAUGCGCUGCAAGAUUUUACAAAACCUCAGCCUUCGGCUCUGUCACAGCCAGUAAAUGUAGAUUUAGCAUCUGCAAUUGCUGCUUUAGGAGUCAAUGCAGCUACAGGAGGGAAAGAAGAAGCUCAGAAUGUCUGGACAGAGGAGUUUAUCCAGCAGGCAACAGCAAACUUUGAGAAGACAAUGAGAGCCCUUAUGGAACAGCAACAAGGGAACCUUCCUAGUGAUUCCAGAGCACAGGUCCAGAAAUUAGAAAACGAUCAGUCUCCUUCAGAAACCUCACCAACAUCAGCCCCAGCAGCAGACUCUGAUCCUACUGCUAAUGAAAUACCAGAAGGAAGCAUAGACUUCUCUGCAAUGUCUGCAGAUUUUGCAAAGUUUGCACAGGCAGCUGCCAAGGCAGCAGCAGAAGCUCCAUCAGAUGCAGCUUUUACUGAUUGUCUUUCAGAAACCAUGAAGCAGCUCAGCCAAAACAAUGAGCAGUUAAAGAGUGUGCCUACUGCAGAAGACAUGACCAAAAUGUUUGAGAGCUUAGGGUUUGGUGGAGGCGAAGGAGAGGAGGGUGGUUUUGGAGGUUUAUUUCCUCUGAUGCAAGUGAUGCUAGAAAAUAUCCUCUCCAAGGAAGUUCUCUACCCCCCUAUGAAGGAAAUCACAGAUAAAUAUCCAGAUUGGUUAGCAGAUCACCGAAGUAGCUUACCUGAAGAUGAAUACGAGAGGUACAAUAAGCAGUAUGAUGUCAUGAAACAGGUUGUACAACUGUAUGAACAAGAGCAAGAUUCUGAUUCUGAUGAAGUUAAAGGUCAGCGGUUUGAGAAAAUCAUGCAGUUUAUGCAAAAGCUGCAAGAAAUGGGUCAGCCUCCAAAAGACUUGGUUGGAGAUCUGGGCCCAAUGAUUAACUUUGAUGAGAGUGGGAAUCCGGUAUUGCCUGACAUGUCAACACUUCUUGGCGCAGCUGGCUUUCCUGGAGGAGAUGCAGGUGUACCAACAGAACCUGCACCUGGAGGUGGUGUCCCAGGAAACCAACCACAGGAAGGAGAGCAAUGUCAUAUUAUGUGAUUUUGGAAGGAUUUACCUGGUAAAUUUGGGACAAAUCCAGCCAAUAUUUGACUGAAGAUUCAACAUUUUUAUAUAAAUAUCAUUAUUAGACUUCACAGAUGUGUUGCACAUCUGUUUGUACUACAGGUGUGCAAUAGUAGUUCUUAUAGAUUUAACAAAAGUAACUUCUUUUAAUUUUUAUUUUCUCUGUGAUAGAUUGUAUGAGUAUUAAAAACUUGGCAUGUACUAUAUGAACAUUCAGUGUAUUGUAUAUGACCAUUCACUGUUUUGUACAUGGAAAACUGUCAAGGGUAUCAGGUAAGUAUGUUUAUUGUAAAUGAAUAUUUUUUAUAUAUUUUACAAUGAUCACCCUUCUACCCUUCUUUUGCUGAAACAGUGUUUCAUAAAGUAACCUUUGUACAGCCGUUGAAUGUCUCUGAUUGACCGAGACUCCCUCAUCUUUAUUCUAGUGUAAUAGAUACACAAUAGAAAUGUCAAUCCCAUUCAUUGAUAUGAUUUAUAAAAAUAUUGUUUGAAAAGAAUAAAAUAAAAUUUUGAAUUGGCAUCGAUAUUGGUGUUCUGUAUUUAACAUACACGAAUAAAGCUGAGGGGUGCUUAAGCCCUUCAGGUAUGUUCCUCCAAAUCAGAUUUACCCAUUGACUUUUUACAUAUACAUACUAUUUUGAGAAACAUGCCCAAGUUACUGAAUUUACUGUAUAUAAUUUUUAGUGGAACAUAGCAGUACUGUAUUAAUACACAAAUUUUGAUCAUUUAAGAAAAUAUCUUUUGUUCAGUCUUGAGAUGCUAGUCAUAUCAGUCUUUAGUAGAGUUUUGUUAAAGAAGUAUGAGUUGUUAUUUUUUUGGCUUUUAUUUUUGUUUUACAUUGUGUUUAGAUUUUUACAUUUAUCUAAUUAUCUCUUCAUAUUAAAUGCCAUUUUGCAUUUUCUUGCUUCUCUUAUCAACUUUUUUUUUAAUUGCUUUGUGAAACAAGGGGAACUAGGGCAGUAUUAAUGUCAUUUAAAUGAAUCAGUAAAUUGCUUCAGGUAACUUGUUUUUUUAAAUGAAAGUACAGUAGUUCCUCAGUUAUUUUCCUUUAAGGCUGUGUAGUUGGUUAGAAAUAUCUUGGUUUUCUCAGAUAUUUUCAAGGUCCUUGAAGAAUUAGUAGCAUUUCACAUUGGAACAUUUUUUCCUCGUAUACAGUAAGUGAAUUUUGGUAAGAACAAAAAUCUACCAUCCAAAGAUUUAUGGAUUAUGCAGAGUUCACUCAUCCAUAUUUUACAGAUGAUAAAGAUAAGUGUGUUAUUUUCUUCACUAAAUGAUCCUUACACAGGAAAUUAGUAGAAAAUUUAUUUGUUUGAAGUAACUUUUUCUAUGCUUCUUAUGCUAUUGUCCAUAAAUCUUCCACCAUCAUGUUUGGAAGAAAUGUAAAUAUUGUGUCUAACUUCACUUUUAUCUACUAUGUAAAGUCAAAGCAAUUUACUAAAAGUACAUUGCAUUGAGUGGGUAAAGUUGUCUUUAGAAAUCCCAUGUAUAUAAUAAAAUAAGUGGUUGCCACUCUACAAAAGCCAAAGGAAAGAGUGCUGUUGCCAAGAAUGUGAUGUGGACAAAUAUAGCAGUCUCUAAGUUGAAGAGCAUAAUGCAAAAGCCAGGUAAGCUGUCUGUAACCAAGUUUUAAAAGGUUAUUUAUGGAAAAGUUAACUUUGUAUAGUACAAAAUUUUAAAAGCAAAUUGACAAAAUAGCUCAGGAUAUUUUGUUGAGGGGUUGAUCCACUUUUUUUCUUGAGACAGUAGAGUUUUCUUGUAACUUAUUCAAAUUGUACUUCUUUAUUACUAUUUAUUAAUGGUUUUUCUAUGAUUUACUGAGGAAUCAUAAUCAUAUUAAAUUUUUUACAUCAGAUUUUCCCUCUUUACAUGGUUGCAUGUGAAAUGAGUUAUCUGUUAUGAAUUAUGCAUAAUUUACCUCAAGGAAUGCAUGAAAAUAUAUACAUACAAAUUUAAAAAAAGAUACACAUUGUAAGCUGAGAAAAUUAUGGUAAAAAUUAUUCAACAUAUACAACAUGCUUUAGGGAAUAUAUACUUAUUUCAUCAGAUAUUUGACCAACUACUUUCCUUUGCCUACCGGUGUAAGAUCGUCUCUUAUCCUCAAGGAUGUUAAUUUGAUAUGUUUGAGUUUUAUAGAUUUGCUUUUAACAGUAUCUUACCAUUGUCAGGAGUAACAUCUGAAAAUUGUAUAGAUAAGAAAAAAAUAGCAUUCACUAUACAACAUUCAACUUUACAGCUCUUCCUUUACCUCAUAUGCUUUUGCCCUUGAGAUGUUAAUUGCAUGUGUAAAUUAAUAAAUUGUUAAUUUUUAUCAUUUUUUAACUAAAUCAACAUAACAGAUAUCACGUAGUAAGAAAGUUAUUGUAUACUUUGCUUAAGUGAUUAUGUUGUAAACUUUUCCUUUUGUUUGCCAUUGUUAUAACUUAUAAGUGCCAUACAUCACCAAUCUAUGUUCAAGAUUGCUCCAGCACCUUUUUCAAUCCAUAGACUUUCUAAACUCCCAAGGCUACCAGAUUAUUUACCUUUCAGACUGUUAAUUUUAUAUAGCAUGCUUUUCAAAUUGGUAAUCUUGUUGUUGUUAUGUUUAGUCAAUUGCUUUAUUAUUCAUUUCAUCAUAUCAGAAUGUUCUUUAACAUUUUUCUUCAGUGUUAAAUCUUCAUUUCAUGCCUUUCCUUAUGCUUGUUCCCAUAAAAUUAUAUUUUUACAAAAUCACCAAAUUGGUGAAUGCCAAGAGAAAUUUCUAUCAUAGUAGAAAGAUUAAUUACAUUUUAUUUCUUUAUCCUGUGACAUGAAAAGAUUAGCUUCGAAUUUACAAUAUAAAUUUUGUGUGACCACAUAGCAACUGGUGGAGUCACUAGCUUUGGUAUGGUAAUAUUUGAUUAAAGAAAUAUCUUUUGUAAUGAUUACUGACAUUAAUUGCUAUUUAGAUUUUCAUUUAUGGUCAGUUAUACUUCUUAGUUUUGAUUAUGAAAUACCUAUCAACCUUAGUUUUGAUCAUGAAAGACCCAUCAACUUAAAAAUCCUACAUCUGUUGUUUUAUAAUUUGUGCUUCAUGUAUUAAAUGGCCUUUCUGUCUUCAUACAAUACUACUUGGGAAAUAUAUACCAGUGCACUUUUCUAUUUUAGAAAAUCUUGCAACCUUGUGGCUUAUUGAAUUGAAGGGAAAUAUUUAUGUCACUUUUCCUGUAUAAUAUCUGGAUCUUGUAUUGCAAAGAUGGAAGGAAAAUAAUUCUUCCUUUUACUGCAGUAAAUGUAGAGUGUAUGGUGCAGUCAUUUGUUGGUGGAAGGUAAGAACAUAAGAAUAUAGGACAAACUUUGCUAAAUGUAAGAAGGUUAAACAGAGAUCCUUUAAUAUUUCUCGGCUAAACACAGAAAAUGUUGUACAUAAUGCAGUACAGGUGAGAUAAUCUGAGAAAAUUACCAAGAUAUUGAGAAUUUGUCUUCUUUUGAUUUUGUUUUUACAUUAAUCCCCAAGUGACUUUUGUGGAAGCUGUGUGACAUUGUUUAGUACCAACCCCUCAGGGAUGAAGGUAAUAAUUUACACAGAAGACAGUAAAUUUCUCUUAUCUCACCUGUACUACAUUAUAUAAACCAUUUUCUAUGUUGUUUAGCGACCAUCUCCUUUACAUUUACCAAAUUUGUUGUCAUAAAUAUAUAUUUACCUUGAAGAUUAGGCUAUUGGGAAAGUUUACUGUAAUUUACAUUCUUUCAUGAAAUUAGUGAACCAGAUUAAAAUUUAAGACUGGUUAGGAUGCUUUGUAUUUGCUUUGCAAAAUUUAUAUUUUAGCUAAAAUUUCAUUAAAAUAGGCUUUAUGUAGGUUUCCUAAUGUAAAUUUUUUAACCAUUGUUGAAGCUGUAAAUAGUGUAAAAUAAAUUUUUUACACACCAAAAA